AUGCCGAAGACCGUAGAGACCGUCGACCUGUUCAACACCACCAGUGCGUACUAUGCACCAGCAGCAGUCGCACCCGCUGGCAAGAUCAUACAUGUCGCUGGACAGCCCGGAAGCACAAAGGAUGGCAUCGUGCCAGCCGACUACGAGUCACAGAUCCACCUGGCUCUCCUGAACCUGCGCAAGCUUAUCAUCGCCGCUGGGUCCUCAAUCGAGAACAUCGUCAAACUGCAACUCUUCAUCGUGGACUAUGAUGCAGCCAAUCGCAAACAUACCCGGCACAUCCAACGGUUCCUCGCUGGUCACCGACCGGCCAUCACCCUGGUCCCCGUCCCAAAGCUUGCUGUCCCGUCAUGGCUCUUUGAGAUCGACGCUGUCAUCGCCCUCCCAGAACCCUCCAUUCCGCCGGUACUUCCCUCAACCAACGAGAAUAGAGACGUUGUCAUCAUCGGCGCCGGCCUUGCCGGUCUUUCCGCUGCACAUGAUGUUUUGCGUGCGGGAUUGUCUUGUGUCGUCCUUGAAGCGCGUGAUCGUGUUGGCGGUAAGACUUGGAGCUCACCGCUGAAUGGUGGCGGUGUAAUUGACUUGGGUGCCGGCUGGAUCAAUGACACUAACCAGAGCAAGGUCCAUGCUCUGGCGAAGCGCUACGGUGCGGAGGUCAUUGAGCAGAACACCCAGGGCAAUGUAGUUCUGCAGGACUUUAAUGGCAACUGCACUCCAUUUGUCUAUGGAGAUCUGCCCAGUUUUGAUAAAGAUACCCAAGCCCACCUAGCGGAAAUCCGCGAUAUGUGCGAGGCUGAAUGCCAAGCCCUCGACACUUGGAGGCCCCAAGACACUAACUUGGAUUCGAUCACAUUUGAGGCCUACUUGCGGUCCCGUGGGGCGAGUGCGGUUGCUAUUGCCACAGGAAUGGUCUGGACUCGGGCAAUGCUUGGUCAAGAUCCCAAUGAUAUCUCAGCUCUUUACUUCCUGAACUAUUGCAAGUCUGGAGGUGGUUUGUUGCAGAUGCGAUCCGAUCGCAAGGAUGGCGGCCAAUAUCUCCGCAUCCGACAGGGUACUCAGCAUUUCUCCUUCGGAUUGGCAUCAUCUCUGCCGGAGGGCACUGUUCGUCUCUCUAGUCCCGUUCACUCAGUUAUCCAAAACGCCGACAAGUCAGCGAAGGUUCGAGCGGGAGGUGUUGUUUACGGCGCCCGCAAGGUCAUUAUUACUGUACCUACGCCAGCCAUGAAGACUAUCUCGUUUCACCCCAAACUCCCUCCGGCGAAGCAAGCAUGGAUUGAGUCCACAACCUACGGAUACUACACGAAGGCCAUGAUGGAGUUCCGGUCUCCAUUUUGGAUUACAGCUGGCUUCUGUGGUCUUGCUCAGUCUUUCAUCGGCCCUGCUAGUGUUGUACGAGACAGCUGCAGCCCCGAAGAUCAGAAGUAUGUCCUCACUUGCUUCAUGACAGGCGAUCCUGGCCGAGCUUGGUCUGCGCUGUCCCAAAAGGAGCGGGAACAGAGCUUACUGCAACAACUUGGAAAUCUUUUUGGAGUUGCAAAUCUUGAUAAAGAAUUCAUUCAAUUGACAGCGUACGAAUGGAUGAAUGAUGAGUGGGCUGGCUGGGGCUGUCCGUGCACAGCGCUGACUCCAGGUGUCCUCGAUAGUCUGGGCCCAGAUGCGUUGCGCGAAAGUUCUGGGAGCUUGCACUUCGCAGGCACAGAGACUGCUGGGGAGUGGAAGGGUUAUAUGGAAGGUGCUAUUCGUAGCGGAGAGCGGGCUGCCGCUGAGGUUGUCAAGACACUGAAUUUCGGUGUUGUUUCACGUCUAUAG